CUGGCAUAACUUGUGUUAGAUUGUUCAGCAGAGCUGCUUCUGCCAACGUCAAACAUAACAGAUCAAGCUUGUCCUGGUCAAUACAACAAUAUUUGGGGACAAUCAUGGGAUCAGGACCCAGUAGGAGAUGCCAUGGUGGUGUCUGCCGCAGCGAGGCAAAGCUGGAUGGAAAAACUGUCAUCAUUACAGGGUCAAACACCGGCAUUGGCAAGGUCACUGCCAAGGACAUGGCAAGAAGAGGUGCGAGGGUCAUCAUGGCCUGCCGUGACCUGACCAGAGCAGAGGCCGCCGCCUCUGAGAUCCGUCAGGAGACCGGGAACGAGAACGUGGUGGUGGAAAAGUUGGACCUGGCUUCUCUCGCCUCUGUUCGGGAAUUCGCGACCAAAAUCAACCAGCAGGAGGGACAACUGGACAUCUUGAUCAAUAAUGCUGGUAUCAUGUUCUGCCCGCAGUGGAAGACGGCGGAUGGUUUCGAGAUGCAGUUUGGUACGAACCACCUCGGCCACUUCCUCCUCACCAACCUUCUCCUGGACAAGAUCAAGGCCUCCGCCCCGAGCCGCAUCGUUGUCGUGGCCUCGCUCGCCCACGAAUCAGGGAGAAUGAAUUUCGACGACGUCAAUAUGACAAACAACUAUAGCACGAGCAAAGCGUACAGCCAGAGCAAGCUCGCCAACAUACUGUUUGCUAGGGAACUGGCCAGGAGGCUGGAAGGCACCAAGGUGAUUGUGAACUCCCUCCACCCGGGUAUCAUUGAGACGGAGCUGCAGCGGAACAUGUCUGAGGGCUGCGGGUUCACCUACACCUGCUGCAAGUGCUGCUUCUGGUGCCUGCUGCGGUGUUGCGGCAAGUCUCAGUACAAGGGAGCCCAGACAACCAUCCACUGUGCCGUCGACGAACAGAUAGAGGGAUCCGGCCUCUACUUCUCAGACUGUGUGCCAAAGCAGCCGGCCCCACAAGCGAGGGACGAUGAAGCCGCCAAACGGCUGUGGGAUAUCAGCGAGGAAAUGGUUGGACUCAAGAAGGACUGAAGAGCUUUAGUUGUUACUUAUCAAGUGUGGUACAUUGUGUAGUUUAUGAUAGUUGAAUGUGAAGCAUAUGAGUAAUGUAUUACUGUUUUCGUGUGUUGCAUAUUGGAAUGUUUAGAACGAAUUUAUGUUAAUGACACAAUGAUUUGCAUUUGUAAUAUACUGUUAAUGUGCUAAAAUGUGACGACUGUACAAUGUAUGUGUCAGAUUAUCAAGAUGAAGUACACAACAAAAAACUCAACUCAAAGAGAUGUAAACUUCAGGAAAUAACAACAACAAUCAUCUUAUGCAUCUUAAGUAUCUGUUACAACAAUUAAACAUCUGUUACAUUAUUUCAAGUUUUUAAAAGAUGACAUGAAGUUUAAAUUAAAUUAAAAAUCACUGGAAAAGGAAACUUCUCCACUUUAUAUGUGCACCAGAACAAGUUGUCAACAGAGCUAUAAAGCUACAGAAAGACAGUCGUAACAUUAAGACAAGUGUAGUCAAAACAAACUGUAGUCUUAUAAGUGACCAAAGAAAUCCAACUAAAACCUCAAUCCAUCUCAUCUGUA